GUGAGCGGGACGCAGCGCCGUCCCUUUUCUGGCAGAAGCUGCCUCCUCUUCCCCUUCGCUCGGCCCCUGUGAGGCCAGGCCAGACCAGCCCCGCCUCCGCAGGGCUAACGAGCUUGGCGCUUGCCACUCUGCCCUGAGGCCGCGAUGAAGGCAGAGGAGGGGGGUUGCUGCCUGCUGCUCACGGCGGCGUGGGGAGCGGCGCUGGCGCUGGCCUUCUUCCUGGGCUUCUUGCGGAGGGCCACGGGGGCGCCGGGCACAACUUUCCAUCGGCGGGAGCACGGCCGGAGCCAGGCAGCCCAAAAGGGGCCGCCCGCCGACGCGUGGAAUCCACGACUCUCAGGCUUCACACUGCGACUUGCAACACACCUGGCCAACACUGCUUUUGGGCAACUUAUUUUAGUGCCCCUUAUCAUGCGGAUCAACAACUUUACCAUCCUACGCUAUCUUGAUAUUUCAGAAGACCCUACUUUUCUUCCAGUUGUUGCUGAAGAAGGAAAAAGUGACCUUUCAAAGUCCAGUAAUGACUCAGAGAUUCUGCAUAAGCUGCUUGAUAUGAAGUCAUGUUCCACUAACCCUGCUUUCAACUUCAAAGGGAUCCAAGAUUAUUUGAAUUGCUAUCAAUCUGGAGAAGUGACACCCCUUCAAGUUGCCAAGAAUAUUCUUGCUGUUUUGGAAGAUCCUGAGAGAAUAAGUCCCCAUCUGCGAGCAAUUUCUCAAUGGGACCAGGAGGAGAUAAUUAAGAUGGCUGAGUGCUCCACUGCUCGCUAUAGAGAGAAGAAACCCCUCUCUCUCUUGGAUGGAAUUCCAGUGUGCUUGAAGGAGGAGAUCAAAGUGGUUCCCUAUUAUCAUCGAAGCGGAACAGAAUACCUGGGUACAAAGCCAGAAACUGAAGAUGCCACUGUGACCAGGAAACUACGGGAAGCUGGUGCCAUUAUUAUUGGAGUCUCAAACAUGCAUGAAUUAGGUAUUGGGACCACAGGCUGUAAUCCCAACAGGUAUCAUGAUACAGCUAGAAACCCUUACAACCCACAGCAUUUCACAGGUGGCAGUUCCAGUGGGUCAGCAGCAGCUGUGGCUUCAGGUCUUUGCCCAUUGGCUCUUGGCACAGAUGGGGGAGGUUCUGUGAGGAUCCCUGCUUCUUUCUGUGGCAUUGUGGGUCUGAAAGGUACAUUUGGACGUAUCAGUGCAUAUGGCUGCCAUCCUCUCUCGUAUUCUACUGUGAGCCUUGGCCCUCUUUGUACAUCAGUGGCCGAUGCAGCACUCGUAUAUUCAAUCCUAGCUGGGCCAGAUCCUCUCUAUCCAUAUGGACUAUGCCAGCCUAAACCAUCCCUCUCAGAAAUUAUCACUUCUGAUCUCAAGGACUUUAAGAUGGGAAUUGAUUGGACUUUCUUUAAGGCUUGCAAUGAUGAAAUUCUAGUUAACUGCCGAAAAGCUGUGGAGUUCCUUAAGAGUUUUGGUGCCUCGGUAAUCGAAGUGUCCCUCCCAGAGAUAGAGGAGAUGCGGGUGGCUCAUGUCAUCUGUAUCCUUAGUGAGAUGAGGGAUUUCCUGCAGCCUGAUUUCAACAAUCACUUUGAGCAAAUGAAUUUGGAGACUCGUUUGAACCUUGCAAUUGCUUCCCAGUUCACAGCUCUGGACUACAUUAAGGCAAACCGUCAGCGAACCCGCACCAUGGCCAUUCUGCAGGAGACUUUUGCAAAUGUGAAUUGUCUCAUCACUCCAGGAACUGCAUGUUGCGCCCCAGAAAUCCAGAGCUCUGAUCUCCUAUCAGGAUGUAGCGAUGUUCAGACGACUCUCCAGACCAUGAGGUACAUGCAGCUGGCCAACUUGACAGGCAUUCCAGCACUAGUAGUGCCAAUUGGAUAUACUGUCUCAGGCCUUCCCAUCAGCCUUCAGAUUAUGGCAAAGUGGUGGAAUGAAGCAUUGCUGUUUCGGAUUGGCCUGAAGCUGGAGAAAUUUCAUGACACAAUCGCAAAACCAGCUAUUUAUUAUGACAUUCUUGGGUAACAGGACUAACUACAGGAUUGCAAGCUUGACCCAGACCAAAACGAGAUAGAUUAUUCUUACAGACUGAGUGACUUACAGCAGGAAAUCUUUAUAAACAGCACAUAUAAAACAAUAACUUAUUAAGAAAAGUGAAAUCUUGAUUUUGGCUUCAGUUAUAGAUCUUCUACCAGUCAUACCUGACAUACAUGCCAUUGGAUCUUACACAGGCUCCUGUAGCAGAGUAUUCAUCCACUUUUCUUAUUUCCGGCAGAUUGUUUUGAGCACUUCUCUCUUGUAUUCAACAGAAAUAAUCCUAUCUGCCUCACCAUGCUGUCAGUACUUAAUUUCUUGUGUAGAACAAAAAGGAUUUUAUUUCAAGGGCUGAUGAAUAAGAAAAAAAACACUUGGGAAAUCAUAGAGCUCAUUGCUUUGAGUACUGUUACCUAGAAUUGUCCCUCUGUUCCAGAUAAACAAACUAAACUGCAGCAUCCCUAUGCCAAAGAAGAAAAACGAGUGGCUUCGUCUUUUUCUCAAGAUACCAGGUUACAGCUUGCCUCUGCAGAAAACUGUUUCUAAAGUAUAUUGCAUUGUGCAUAUAAAGCAGGUUUCCAGGUUAACUACUUGCACUGAGGGGCAGAAAUGGAAAAAGCCCACUUGUAACACUCACCCCUUUUAAGACAUAGUCAAUAUGCUCAGAAUUCUAGAUUUUGGUUGAACUAUUUUCAAAUACCUUUUUGCUGUAGUUUUCAGUGGUGCAGGGUUUAAUUUGUAUUUUCACCUAUUUUAAAACCUUGGGCUUUCAGGAAGCUGUCUCUUUUGAGCUAAUUAAAUCAGCAAAAUAAUACAGCAUUAGCUUUCUCUUGAGCUCAUAUUAUGGUAGGAAGAAGUAUAUUGUUAUAUAUGUUGGAUGUACCUCUAAACCAGGGUGGGGGACUGUGGACAGCACGGAGACCAGUUUUCACCUGUAUUGAAACACCAUUAAAUGAAGAUCUUAACUUCAACUUGUAA